UUUUCUUAUAGGGUCUUAAAAAGAUUGUUACAACAAGGGUUUGGUUGUGCAAGAACAUAAUCAAACAAAGAGAUAAGAUUAGUGGGUUUGUUUUGUUUUUUCUCUGUUGGAAUCUUCUUCACAGCCAAAUGUUUCAUGCAGUCAUGUCUAACCCAAUCUCUUUGUCUGAGGAAGCUAGUGUUUCUUCUGGUAAUAAAAUUCAUGACUUUGGAAGCUUAAAUCCAAUGGUUCAAAUCGUUUCUCCUCAGCAACCACAGAUAAUCCAAAAGAAGAGAAAUCUCCCUGGAAACCCAGACCCAGGUGCAGAAGUGAUUGCAUUAUCUCCAAAGACCCUACUGGCAACCAAUAGAUUUGUGUGUGAGAUCUGCAACAAGGGCUUUCAGAGAGACCAGAAUCUUCAACUUCAUAGGAGAGGCCACAAUCUUCCAUGGAAGCUGAAGCAAAGAAACAGCAAAGAGAUCAAAAAGAGGGCCUAUGUUUGUCCUGAACCUACAUGCGUUCACCACCAUCCUUCUAGGGCUCUUGGUGACCUUACAGGAAUCAAGAAACACUACUGCAGAAAACAUGGGGAGAAGAAAUGGAAGUGUGAGAAAUGUUCAAAGAUUUAUGCUGUUAACUCAGACUGCAAGGCUCAUUCAAAAACCUGUGGAACUAGAGAGUAUCGAUGUGACUGUGGAACUCUUUUCUCCAGGAAAGAUAGCUUCAUUAACCAUAGAGCAUUCUGUGAUGCUUUAGCAGAAGAAACAGCCAGACUCUCUGCAAACUCAACCUUGACAACAAACCCAAACCCCACUGCCCAACCCCAACUUCAACCCUUUCUUCUACACCCACAAAACCCAUUGUCAGUCCUUCUCCCUCUCACAACCCAACAUCAACACAUCUCUUUCUACCCCAGCUGGAAUCAACCUCAAAACCCUAACCCUAAACUUAACCCUAACCCAGUUCACAUCAAGCCUGAAACCAUUCUCCUUCCCAUCUCUUCACCAUUUUACCAAGAACCACCACCACCACACCCAACUCUCACCUCACCAUUCCAAAACCUCCAUUUCAGCACACAACCCACAUCAGCUCACCUCUCGGCUACUGCACUCCUCCAAAAGGCUGUAUCAAUUGGCGCACAAUCAGUAGCUGGUCACGUGCCUUCUUCUACUAUGGCCCAGUUUGAUAUAAGCACAAUGGGUCACGUGAGCACCGGAAUCUCGCCGGAAUACCUGGGUUUCACUCCGGGAAGUUUUGCUAGGUGGCAGAAAAGUGACCGUCUGACUAGGGACUUUCUGGGGUUGACAGGAGAUCACCGUGGUGAUGGUGGUAAUGGGAGCGUUGAUGUUAACGUAAACGUGAGGAAUCUGCUAUCGUUCACGGGGGAUGUAGAGUUCCCGACAUAUGACCGUGACCACUCAUUGUUGAAGCAUCAAGCCUUUGGUUUUGCUGAUGAGCCUGCCUCGGAAACGUGGGGGAAUUGUUAAAGCUACAGGUUGAUUAUCUAGAGGGGUAAAAUGGUAUUUCUGCUUUGAGGUUUUUUUCACCCUUUUUUUCCUUUCUUGCUUAUGAGUUGCAUUUGCUACUUCUUUCCUUUUCUUUCUUUCUUUUUUUUGUUUUGUUUUUGGGUUCUCUUAAAACCUGAUGAAACAUGAAGUUAAUUGGAU